GGACGGGGGUGCUCCAGUAUUUAGAUAUGCUGCGGAAACCCUAGUGCAGCGCGUGAGGGGCACGUGACCGACCGCAAGACAGGUUCGAGUGCUGACGUUGCCACUGAUAUUUUUGACCGUUCACGGACGGUAGCGCUAGCGCCAACCUCCGGCUCCAAUGGCAUCCCUCCGGCUCGUGGCAACGCUAGCGCCCUCCGGUCCUCCGCCGCCACCUCGACGUAAGCAGCGGAGACCGUCCUCCGCAGUCCGUCUGACAGGUGGGAUGGGCCUGGCGGCAGCUGCUGCCGUGGCGGCGGCCGCGGCCGCCUCACCACCGGCGCUCGCCGCGCUGUCCGAGCCGGCGAACGCGCUCUCGCUGCCCACCUGGGCCGUCCACGUCUCCAGCGUCGCCGAGUGGGUGACGGCGAUGUGGCUGGUUUGGGACUACGGCGAGAAGACGGGGCUCAAGGGUUGGAAAGGCCUCUCGUGGGGGAUGGUUCCACUUCUAGGUGGAGCAAUGUGUGCUUGCACGUGGCAUUUCUUCUACAAUUCAGAGUCUCUUGAAGUUCUUGUAGCCCUUCAAGGUGCUCUGACAGUGGUUGGUAACAUAACAAUGUGCAUAGCUGCAUACCGCAUAUUCAAAGCAUCCCAGGAAGGCUCAAAAACUUCGUAGGCUGCAAGAUUGGAUCUUACAGCCGGUUUGGCAAGGGAUGCUCAGCCGCAUUUGAAGAUUGACGUUGCUGAGAGCCUGAGACGAUGAUAGGAGAAGAUACAGAUAGCCGGUCGGUUGGUUUUACCUUGUGAAACAGUAUGAUUGUGAUGGAGUUGAAGAAGAACAAAGUUGCGUCUCUCCUGUAAAUACCUGUGAUAGUAAACCCUGAAUCCGGUUACAGUUUUAGACUAUCUCCAGCAGCCUUUUAUUUUA